AUGUCGAGUGUUAGUAUCAUAUUAAUUAUUUUGAUCAAUAAUAUUUAUCAAACACUAGCUAUAACUCAAUGUAAUUUAUUAAAUCCUAUUGAUUUACAAGCAGCUGCAUAUAAUCAUUCAUUAAUUUUACGUGUACAACCAAUAUAUUCAUCUGAAACAAUUGAAAAAACUAUUGUAAUAAGUGAAGUUCUCGUACGUGAAGUAAUAAAAAUUUCAACAAAUAGUUAUCAUAAAAUAAAAAUGAAUGAUUUAAUUUUAAUUCGAAUCGAUAAUAAUAUUGAUGAAAUACUUGAUGAUUCAUGUUGGUAUUUACUUCGAAUAACAACAGUUGAUAUUAUACUUUUUCUCAAUGAAACAAAUACAAAUGAAUUCGAUUUACGAUUUCCACCUGUUGAAUCAACAUUAUAUGUUCGACAUAAUAUUGAUGCUGUUAUAAAUUAUGAAACUUAUUCACCUCGAGUUAUAAUUAAAACUCAAAUUGAUAAACCGGUUUUAGAAAAUAGUUAUUCUUUACAAUGUAAUGUUCGUGGUAAUCCACUACCACGUUUAUUCUGGAGUAAAUAUAAUCAAACAUUAGAAUAUUAUCCAUCAACUACACAAUGUAAAACAUCAUGUCGGAUUUAUUCUAAUCAAAAUGAAUAUGAAUCGAUUUUAUAUUUUCAAACAUUAACAAUUGACGAUAGUGGCAUUUAUGUAUGCCAUGCAGAAAAUGCAAUAAAUUAUACGAUGACUAGUGUCUAUAUAGAUGUCGAUCAAACUAAUAUAAUAAAUCGAUCGAAUAUAAAUGUGACUUGUGCCAUUUUAAAAUAUUGUCAUCAUCGAGGUCAAUGUGUUAAUGUUAAUAAUCAAUGGAAAUGCUUAUGUGACAAUCGAUAUAUUGGAAAUGAAUGUGAAACAAAUUAUGAUGAUAUAAUAAAAAAACAAAAUAAUGAUAUUCUUUUAUUUAAAUCACGUUUAUUGACUAGUGGUAUUUUGAUUCUUAUUGGUUUUGUUAUAAUAUUGAUUGCUAUUAUCUCUUAUUUUUAUGCAAGACAUAAAAAAAUAAAACAAAAAAAAUGUUCAACAUCUAAACGAAUUAUUAAUGGAAAAAUUUUGGAAUCUCAAUUGAUUGAGCCAAUAAAUAAACCUGAAAUACAACAAUCCUUAUCAAUUCCUAUAGUUCGCAUAAUAAAUAAUCGUUCAAUAUUAAUGAAAGAAUCAACAACAACAACAACAACAGACAAUGAUAAUAAUGAAUAUAAGAAUUCAAAUGGUUUUUGUAGUUUAACAAAAACAAAUGAAGAAUGUUUUCCAUUAAACAUGAAUAACACUGAAGAAUCUAAUUUUCAAUCAUCAAGAAAUGGUUUAAUUCUAUCUAAAGGUUAUUUAGAAUUUUAUCAACCAGAUGCUCAAUCAGGUUUAAUACGACCUUUAACUAUUCGGACAAAUACACCAAAUCAUUAUAAAAAAAAAAUUUCAUCACAUCAUCGAUUUCUUUUAUCUCGAUCACUUGAUCAAUAA